AUGUUCCGCAUCGCUAUCAUCGGCGGUGGCAUCGGGGGCUUAUUCGCAGCCUUGUCAAUCAGGCACUACUGUGAAUCUAGCGACAUCCAAAUCGAUAUAUAUGAACAAGCUUCUGCAUAUAAGGAAAUCGGUGCCGGGGUGGGAAUAGGACCAAAUGCCGCGGAGCUUGUGAAAAAGCUAGGUCUCUUGGAAGAGUGCUUGAAGAUCACAGGUGACCGAGCAGGCGCUUGGCUUUCGUUUCGUCGAUAUGACACCGGGGCAGAGGUUCAUACAGUCAAAACACCUACAGAUGGAAAUACAACACAGUUGUCGAUGCAUCGUGCGGAAUUCCUGGAGAUUCUCGUCCAGGCCGUUGAAAGCCGAGGGGCGGCAAAUUUGCACACGAACAAACAUUGCCAGACACUCGAGGAUCACGGGGACACGAUGUCAAUAAAAUUUAAUGACGGAACAACUGUGUCAGCAGAGUUAGUAAUUGGGGCAGAUGGUAUUCAUUCAGUCGUACGCUCGAGUUAUAUGAAUGACAGCGCUCAAUAUGGUGAAAUGGUGGUCUAUAGAGGCCUUUGCGACAUGGACAAGAUCAAGGACUCAUGGAAAAUUCCGACAUUUGCUACAGUCUUUAUGGCUCCUGGGAAGCACUUCCUCACGUUUCCUAUCAGCAACAACAAAAUCCUGAAUGUGGUAGCCUUUGUGACCACUCCAUGGGGGAAGCUCGGAGAUGCAAAGGAAACCUGGACCCUCACAAGUGAGAAGGGGGUAGUUCAAGAGGAAUUCAAGAACUUCGAUCCUGCAGUUCAGGCAGUCAUUGAAAAUAUGGAUGCCAAUCCAUUGAAGUGGAUUCUUUUUGACCGAAAGUCAAGCCCGGAAUGGGUAUUCUCUAGGGGCAAGGUAGCCCUGUUAGGCGAUGCAGCUCAUGCAAUGUGCCCUCAUCAAGGAGCUGGGGCAGGGCAGGCCCUUGAAGAUGGGUAUAUACUCGGGCGAGUUCUCCAGGAACAUUUCCGUUCUCAGAGGACAACAUCCAUCGAGAAGUGCCUUCGUCUUUAUCACUCUAUUCGAUACCCUCGCUCGGAGAGAGUCCAGAUGACAUCCCGCCAAGCAGGAGACUUGUAUGAGAUGAAGAUCAACGAAUUGGAUGGGCUUAGCUAUGAUGCUGGCAUUCCAGUUGUGAAAUCUUUAUUAGAAGACCGGAUGAGGUGGAUUUGGGGCGAGAAUAUCAAUGAAGUGUACGAAAAGGCCCGGUCUGAAUGGGGGCACUCGUAUGGGCUAUUGUGA